AAAACAAAGCAACCCCUAACUAAAGAGAAAGAGAUAGAGAGAGAGUCUUACUUUGCUGCUCUUUUUUUCCUAUCUAUUCUCUCUUAAACUUAACACUACACUCCUCCCUUUCUUCUAGACCACCACAGUUCAUAUAAUCCAAUCAGCAUCUCUCACUGCACCAGCACCACAACCACCACUAUAUAACUCUCUUCACCUUCACAUCCCUUCUUACUCACCUGCAACACUCUCACAAUCCCCAUAUCACCCUUCAACAUCCAACAAUGGUCUAUGAGGAUGCAAAAACCAUCUCCAAGAACACAUGCAAUGGAAGUACAUUUGAUCUUACAGUAAAACAAGGAGACCCAUCACUUGUCCCUCCCAUAGAAGAGACCCAAAGAGGACUCUACUUCCUCUCCAACCUUGAUCAAAACAUUGCAGUGAUAGUUCAAACUAUAUACUGCUUCAAAGAUGAGAUUAAAGGGAAUGAAGCUGCCUUUGAUACCAUACGAGAAGCCUUAUCAAAAGUGCUUGUCUACUACUACCCUUUGGCGGGGCGGCUCACGAUAAGCCCCGAGGGGAAGCUCAUCGUCGACUGCACGGGAGAAGGUGCGGUAUUCGUCGAGGCGGAGGCGCAGUGCGAGAUGGAAGAGAUCGGAGACAUUGCGAAGCCCGACCCUUCGAUGCUUGGCAAGCUUGUUUAUAGCUUUCCCGGGGCGAAGAACAUUCUAGAGAUUCCUCCUCUCGUAGUUCAGGUUACAAAAUUCAAAUGUGGGGGUUUCAUACUUGGACUUGCCAUGAACCACUGCAUGUUCGAUGGCAUCGGAGCCAUGGAGUUUGUCAACUCAUGGGGUGAGACAGCGCGCGGCCUACCGCUGUCGGCACCGCCGUUCUUAGACCGGUCCAUACUCAAAUGUCGCAACCCUCCGAUGAUCGAAUUCCCCCACCACGAGUUCACCGAAAUAAAACUGCACUCAUCAAACACCACCAAUGAUCGCUAUGAAGAGGAGAUGGUCUACAAAUCCUUCUCCUUCAAUCCUAACAAACUUGAACAUUUAAAAAUGCUCGCCAUGCGAGAUAGUGCUCUCAAAAAAUGCACCACCUUUGAAUCUCUCUCUGCAUUCGUGUGGCGAGCGCGUUCCAGGGCACUCAAUCUCGAGCCCGAUCAAAAGACCAAGCUUUUGUUUGCGGUCGACGGUCGGCCUAGAUUUGACCCGCCAUUGCCAAAGGGCUACUUUGGCAAUGGAAUUGUGCUGACCAGCUGUUUGUGCAAUGUAGGGGAGCUUCUAGAGAAGCCGCCUUCUUUCGCGGUCGAUCUAGUUCAAGAAGCUAUAAAGACGGUCGACGACCGCUACAUGAGGUCGGCGAUGGACUACUUCGAAGCGACGAGGACUAGGCCUUCGCUUGCCGCGACAUUGCUGAUAACCACUUGGUCUAGGCUUUCUUUCCACACAACUGAUUUUGGGUGGGGGGAGCCAAUUCAGUCUGGGCCGGUGGCUUUGCCUGAGAAGGAGGUGAUACUCUUCUUGUCUCAUGGGAAGGAAAGGAAGAGCAUUAAUGUGCUUCUUGGGUUGCCUCUCUCAGCAAUGAGUAAGUUUGAAGAGUUGCUGGGGAAUGUAGGAAAAGAGUGAAUUACCUACAUCUUAAUGUUUAUGAUGAUGGUGAGGGUGUUGCUCUUUAUAUAUAUAUAUAUA